AACGUCAUACUGUUUUUCUUCAUUAGGUCUUCAAAGAGCGAUUGACGGAGAGACUGUGAGUUUGGUCGCCAUUGAAUCGGAAGAGCACGGUACAAGCUUUGGAGGAUAAAGUACAACCGCAGAAAUGACAGACCAUGUGCAGGAGCAGGAGAUGGAAAUAGAAGCUUUAGAAGCCAUCCUCAUGGACGAGCUUGAAGAAAUUCACCCCAGUGAAAGUGGAUUGAACACUUCAAAUCGAUGUUUCCAAAUUACUUUAUCUCCCCAGGAUGAUGAGACCGAUGAAUAUUCUACCACACCAGUUCAAUUGGGGUUAAUUUUCUCGCAUACAGAAAAAUAUCCAGAUGAAGUACCACUUCUGAAUGUGAAAAGUAUAAGAGGAAUUCACACCUCGGAUCUCAAAAUUUUGAAAGAAAAGCUUGAACAAGAGGCAUUGGAGAAUCUUGGCAUGUCUAUGAUCUACACUCUAGUUAGCUCAGCUAAGGAUUGGCUUUCUGAAAUAUUUGCUCAAGACGCUGAUGAUGAUGAUGAUGAAGAGGAGACAGCAGAGAAGGAUGAAGUAAUUGUGCCACAUGGAGAACCUGUCACCGUUGAUACUUUUUUGGCAUGGAGAGAGAGAUUUGAAGCAGAAUUGGCACUUCAAAGAGCCAAGCUGAUGCCGGAAUCGGCACUUGCAACAACCAAAGAGAAGAAACUCUCUGGCAGACAGUGGUUUGAAAGUGGCAGAGCUUCUUCUGUGCAGAAAGGUGCAGUACCAAUCGAGGAUGGAUCUGAUGAAGAAGAUGAAGACUUCGAUUUUGAUGAUGAGGAAGACUUUGAAGAUGAUGAAGAUGACAUGCUUGAGCACUAUCUAGCAGAGAAAUCAGACUCAUCUGCUCAUUCUUCAGCAAGAGCCACUUAAAAAAAGUAAUUUGCUACUUUGUGGUUCAGAAAACAACACAUCUUGGCUGCCAUAAUCUUGAUGACUUAGUUUUAUCUGUGAUACAAAGUUGCCCAAUAUACUGAUCUCGGCUGUAAUUUUGGUGCCCAAGAGGUCAAGACUUUUCGAAUCAAAAUGGAGUUGUCUUACUCCAUUAGUGUUUUCUUCUUUUGAACUCUCGACUUCGGCUGCAUAUGAAAGUUAUUGAGCUUGUUUAGC